GAGACAGGAACAGAACCAAAUCGAGGUGAACUUUUCGUUGCAUCACGUACUAGAUCAGAUGAGAGUUUUGUUUGUGACGAAGCAAGACUCUAUGGGGAUAAUUUGAAACAAGUAAUGACUGAGAAUAUUCAAAGUAAAGCACAUGAUGCAUUUGAACAAGUGUUUGGUCCUGAGAAACCAGGACGAGUUCAAUGUGAAGGACGUGAUCCGACACCAUCCAAAUAUUUCUCGAAUAAGGAAUGCACUUCAUCUACUGCUGAGAUGAUACAUAUUAAAAAGCAAGAGCAUUUCCAAGCAAUUGCAAAAGAUAAGAACACAAAGCUUAAGACAAAUCUUUAUCAAUCAUCUAGUAUCAAUAGUGACCAGUUC